AUGGAUAAUGAACCGUCGCAUCCUUCGUGGUGGGAUGAGCAAAUGAGAAAGUCGACCGAGUGGUUCAUCAAGUUCAGGGAGGAUGGGGGUAUGCAACCUCCAACAGUCGAAGGCGGGGAGAAAAGGAUUACAGAUCAAGACGGAAACCUCAUCAAGGACGACGAGCAGGCGCAAAAAGUCUUGUCCAUGUGGUCAUCAAUCGUCGGGCCAGACUUUGAAGAUGCGCUGGACAAGAAUAAAAGCAGCUAUUACGCCGGUUACCACGGACGCGGUCGCGCCCACGCAACUAUCAUCAGCAAAGAUGAUGUCAGCACUGCACUCACACCAAAGCCGUACCACUAUGGUGACGGGCCAGAUCCUGCUCCUCGUACCACGAUAACCUUGAAUGAGAGGUUCCAGCCUGAUCUUGAAAACGUGAUAAUUCGGGUCAAAGAAGGAAAUAGGUGGGACCGAGAGAACGGAGCAGCAAGGGGUAGCUCGCAUGUCCUCAUCCGUACCGAGUACACCCCGUCACUCAUUCCAAGCACAACAUCGGUCCUGGCCUACCCUGCCAGCCUUGAGGAUCUAGACAAACUGUCUAGUGAAGCACGAGCACUGUGGGACGGGACGGAUAGGGAAACUACAGCCUACAUGCAGCAAAUAAUCCAGAACGGUGGUACGGCUUUUGACCUAUUCGAUAGAGAUCGCCAUCACUCCACAACAAUCGAGAAAAGUAUCUUCCCUUACCACUAUCAAGGUUACCAGGUUGGCAGGCAUGAUCUCGACCGCCGGGCCACAGCACGAUCUAAAUAUAUCUCUGCCUCGGUCUGCCGUGCGUUGGACGAACAGCAUAUGAGGAACAGCACGCGCAGUGGAUCUUAUAUACCACCGUACGUCUCUGCACCGAACGAGUAUGCCUGGGAUCAAGCCCACAAGACCUGA